AUGUCUACCGGCGAGCCUUCCGGCAGGACCCACAUCUCGAGCAACUUCAAAUGGUACCUGGGAAGCAAAGCCAGAGAAGGGCGGUACGGACCGGUAUUUGUAGCUCUCAGGGAUGACACGGCGGAGCUGAUCACAGCAGAGCAAGUAGCACUGGACGGGCUUGGUGACAGCGCGGAGAGCGUGGUGGUGCUGUUGGAAUCCAAAUUAGCAACCUCAAAUCCGCCGGGCCUGGUUUCGUACCUGGGCUAUGAGGUCAAGGAAGAACACGUCUUCAUCCUGAGGGAGUAUAUGCCGGGCGGCACAAUACGGGAAUUCAUCCGUAAUUAUGGUGCUAUCCCGGAAUCCCUCUCACGCUCGUUCCUUCGGCAAAUCAUUAUCGGGCUGGAGCAGAUGUACGAGCAAGGCAUCACCGUCAUCUUCCUCGACUCGGAAAGCGUGCUGCUGGACAACAAAGGCAUUGUCAAAAUCGAGGCGCCGCUGCUCGGUGUGACCACUACGGGCCAACCGCCACCGUCUACUAUCCUGACGCCUCCUGAACUCAAACUUGGUCAAGAACCCACGCACAAGGCGGACGCGUGGCUACUCGGAAUCAUCGCAGCCGAACUACUCACAGGGAGCUGCAGCCUCGCAGAAGGCAGCGCGGCGAGCUCGGCCACUGCAAAGAUUGAAGAAGUCCAGGGAUCAGCAGUAGAUCUCUUGGUCCCUCAAGCAAAGGCGAGCAAGCUCGAUGAACAGGCAUUGGAUUUCAUACGCCAGUGCCUCAGCGUGUGA